CGUGGAGAAUGUUGAAAGAUGGCGGGUAUUGUGUUCGCGCUCGCAGCAUGGCAGGCGGUGUUACUUUGUCUGUUGUUUGCAGUCAUGUAUGUUGGCAGUCUAUAUGUGUGGACAGCCACGGUGACCAAAGACAGAGAUCACCCAGACACAAUCAAGCGGCGGUUCAUCAGUGUCGGGAUUAUCUCCCUUCUUGUACCACCCAUGCUGUGGAUCUUCAGUGAAUACCAGGAAUCAGACCAGGGACAUGGCCUACUUUCCUGGCUGGGAAUUCGAUUCUGGGGAUUUCUGCCGGCUCUCUUUGUUCCGCUGAUACUCACAAUGGUGCUGUUCAUGGGGCCCCUGGCUCUGCACUACAUAGACGGCGUGUUCCGACUGUACCUGGAACCGCGGUACUGGACCAACAGUCUGAGCAACCUCAUCUGGAUUCGCAACCACAUCGUCGCACCGUUCUCUGAGGAGUUCAUAUUCCGAGCAUGCAUGCUGCCAAUCCUGGUGCCAGCAUUUGGUCCAGGGACCAGCAUCUUCCUCUGUCCAUUAUUCUUCGGAGUCGCCCAUUUUCACCACAUGAUAGAAAAGGUCAUUCAGGGUCAACAGGAAGUCCUGGAGGCAUUUAAACAAUCAGUGUUCCAGUUAUUCUAUACAACCAUCUUUGGGGCGUACUCGGCGUUCCUCUUCCUCAGAACAGGUCACCUGAUGGCGCCGGUCAUUGCUCACGCCUUCUGUAACCACAUGGGCUUCCCGGCCUUCAGCGAGGUGAUGGGCUACCAGAAGCCCACCCGCACCAAACUCGUCACCUUCUUCGUCAUGGGCAUGCUGCUGUGGAUGGUGGUGUUGUACCCAAUGACGUCGCCGUGGCUGUACGCUAAUGCUGUGUACAGCGUGUAAAUGAUACCUCUCUGCUACUGCACUGCCAAGUGGCGACUGAGUGAGGAGAGAGGAAGUCUUGCAGCAUGUGGGGGUGAGACCCACUCUGUGUCUGGUGUCUGCAUGGAUGUUGGAGAAACAUCGCUACCAUAACUGUCUCCAUCACCAGGGCGUGUGCAAUAUCCACCUGGCUUGCUGGACACCGGGUGUCAUGUAACCAUGGCAACAGUUGACCUCAUCACCUGCCAGGGAUUUAUCCAGGACUCCCAUUUAUCCUGUACUGAUUUCUGUUAACAUUAUUUUCCCCCGCCACAAAGUGGAAGGGGGAUAUAGGAAUGGGUGCUGUCCUUCCGCCCUUCCGUCCUUCACGUUUCAUUUCCAGAGCAGAACUAAAAAACCAUGCGAGUUAUCUUAACCAAACUUGGCACAUAGGUAGGUCUUGUGGUGAAUUGGUGCCUUUUGAUAGUUUGGGAUUUUGGAAAAAAAAUAUUUUUAGAGUUUCCAACGACUUUGAUUUAGACUGAAAAUGGUGGAAUUGGCAGGGGCCUGUUGAAAUUAUGUUAAACAAACUGGGGAAAUAGUCUGAUGUGUUGAGGCCACAAAGGACAUGGUGAUGUACGGACCAUGUCUCCCACAGGAUCCGCAUCAUUUAUGAAAUGAACAAAACCUCCCGACAUUGUCAUGAAAGUCAUCAGAUGUGUUGAUGGAAAUAUAUAAGAAUUAAACUUUGCUUUUUUUCAACAUUGUGCAACACUUGCAUGGUUCAACUUAACCCUAAAUAUAUAGGUAAGGCUAAAAUAUGCCCUAAAGAUUGAUAUUAAUACUUGAACAUCAGCAGAUGUCCUUAGAGAUGAUGAUACAGUCAGUACAACCAUAUGGCAUUCAGCUCAGCCAGGGCCACAGACUUGCUCAUGAUAAGAUGUCCUCCUCAAGUUGGAAACAUCGUUUUUUCACACUAAUUCGAGUCAUAUUUAUAUAUUGGAUCUUGUGAGAAGUCCAAAACGUGCAAGUAUUAGAAAUAAGAAAGCCUAGUCAUCACCCAUUUGAACCUGUAUGAUACUUUUCCUACCACUAUCUUCAAUUUUACAAUUUGACAUUUGUGCUCGGCCAAAGAGGUUGCUUACCCUACCAUGUUCUUUUGAGGAAUAGUUCUCCUAACUGAUAGGGAAGUCAUUUUAAGAUAUUUGUAAUUUUAUGAAUUGUUCCAAAGACUGAAAUAUGGGUCGUUGUUGAGCCUAGGUAAAUCUUUUGCUUUUGUCACUGUUGACCUCAUGUCAAGCAUUACUGUUGACUUUGUCACAUGUGACUUGACCUUGACACGUAUGACUGUUGACCUCGACAUGUGUCACUGUUGACCUCAUGUCAAGCAUUACUGCUGACUUUGUCACAUGUGACUUGACCUUGACACGUAUGACUGUUGACCUUGACAUGUGUCACUGUUGACCUUGACAUGUGUCACUGUUAACCUUAUGUCAUGCAUUACUGUUGACUUUGUCACAUGUGACUGUUGACCUUGAAACGUGUGACUGUUGACCUUGUCACGUGUGACUGUUGACCUCAUGCCAUGUGUGACUCGACCAGCGCUCUACCAAGUCAGGGUGGACAAAUGGUCAUGUUGGUGUGUCAAGUCAUGCGAGACCCUUGUGCCUUACACAAAGUAAAUGUGUGUCGAUGUGUGUGUUGUGAAUGUUAGUACAUGAAUGAGUGCCCAUGAUUGACCAUCUGGGAAGGUAUGUCCAUGAUUGUAUUGCAGAUAACAUGUACCUAUGAUUGAAUGUCCAUGAAUAUGUGUCCAUGAUUGCCUGUUCGUGAAUGUGUCUAUGAAUGGGUGUGGAUUGUGUGACUGGUGCAUGACAAUAUCAUGGCUGUGUACAUGUGUCGUGAGACAAGUGUUCAGUGUUUCUUGGUCUUGCGUGCAGUUGUCAUGGUUACUGUUUAAGCUGAUCCAGAUGAAACGUGUGACAGAGGAGUGCAUCUAACCAUCUUAUGACAGUCAACAGGUUGGAAGAGUUUGCAUCAAUGUGUAUGUUACCGGCAUUAUCAGGGACAACAUUUACCAUUCUUCCAGGGACCUACUGACUCCUACCACUUCGAAAGCCAUCAGAAUAAUUCUGUCAGAGAUCCAGCAGAAUUAGUCGGCCAUUGUCAUUCCACACACAAUGGUUCUGCCAUCAUCUCAGAUCAGUGUUUUGUCUCCAAUAUUUAAAUCAUGCAGAAAUAGAUUGAUGUGAAAUUAUUCAUCUUGUUAAUUAGAAUAUCUACAUUCCAGUUUUUCAUUUCUCAGUUGAUUGUUACCCAUUAAUUGCCAAACAUGUUUCUUUGAGCAGCAUUCCUGAUCCUGACAUCUUGUUUCCUUGUGGCCAUGUCCUGUUUGAUCCUGCGUGUCAUCAUGGGGGCACAUGACAUGAUUAAGUCCCCAAUGUCUGUUUGUGAAUGGUUAUGUUUGGAGGACAAACACAGUUUUCAGUUAUGUGUUAGCAAUGUGUGAUUGUAGUCGGAACAGAUGUUGUGUUGUCACAAUCUUUCCUAUAUAUUUGUUUAAAACAAAAUCCCUUAUGGCAAAGUUUUUUUGUACGGAAGUAUUUAUGAAGUUGUAUUUUGUUUGCUACGGGACAUUGAGCUGUAGGAUGACUCUGCAGAUCAGUUGCAACUACAGUUUGUGCCAAACACAGACACAAAGAUAGUAUGUGAGUUCCGUUCAGCUGAAAGCGAGGCACAGACGCAGUACGUGAGUUCCGCUCAGCUGAAAGCCAGGCAGUGACGCAGUACGUGAGUUCCGCUCAGCUGAAAGCCAGGCACAGACGCAGUACGUGAGUUCCCCUCAACUGAAAGCCAGGCACAGACGCAGUACGUGAGUUCCGCUCAGCUGAAAGCCAGGCACAGACGCAGUACGUGGGUUCCGCUCAACUGAAAGCCAGGCACAGACGCAGUACGUGAGUUCCGCUCAACUGAAAGCCAGGCACAGACGCAGUACGUGAGUUCCGCUCAACUGAAAGCCAGGCACAGACGCAGUACGUGAGUUCCGCUCAACUGAAAGCCAGGCACAGACGCAGUACGUGAGUUCCGCUCAACUGAAAGCCAGGCACAGACGCAGUACGUGAGUUCCGCUCAGCUGAAAGCCAGGCACAGACGCAGUACGUGAGUUCCGCUCAACUGAAAGCCAGGCACAGACGCAGUACGUGAGCUCCGCUCAGCUGAAAGCCAGGCACAGACGCAUUACGUGAGUUCCGCUCAACUGAAAGCCAGGCACAGACGCAGUACGUGAGUUCCGCUCAGCUGAAAGCCAGGCACAGACGCAGUAAGUGAGUUCCGCUCAACUGAAAGCCAGGCACAGACGCAGUACGUGAGUUCCGCUCAGCUGAAAGCCAGGCACAGACGCAGUACGUGAGUUCCGCUCAACUGAAAGCCAGGCACAGACGCAGUACGUGGGUUCCGCUCAGCUGAAAGCCAGGCACAGACGCAGUACGUGAGUUCCGCUCAGCUGAAAGCCAGGCACAGACACAGUACGCUUUCUGCUCAACUGAAAGCCAGGCACAGACGCAGUACGUGAGUUCCGCUCAACUGAAAGCCAGGCACAGACGCAGUACGUGAGUUCCGCUCAGCUGAAAGCCAGGCACAGACGCAGUACGUGAGUUCCGCUCAGCUGAAAGCCAGGCACAGACGCAGUACGUGAGUUCCGCUCAGCUGAAAACCAGGCACAAAGUGAGAUCCGGUGUCUGGGCUAGUUGUCAACGUGGUUGUCAAUAUGUAAAUAUGUACAUCACAUCAUUCAUAUCGGUGCAUGCUUGCCCCAGGUGUAACGCCAACAGUCAUACCAUUUUGUAUUAAACUUUUGGGCAACAAGUGCUGUUCCCAUGACAACGUGUACUGAAGUUGAAGGUGAUCUGCAUCACCACUCCUGUGUCGAGUCGCAGUGUUCCAGGAAAAACGGAGGGACUACUUUGCUAUGUCAUCUUAAAUCACAUGAUCAGCUGAUGGUGGUCCAGGUCUUCAAAGUGCUAGUCAGUAUUCAUGGUGCUGCAUUGAUAACGUGUCAUGGAUGAACAUAAGUAGUUUAGACAAUGGGGGCACUGGACCCCCCUCCCUGGACCAGGUCCAGCUCCUGACAACUGAUGAAACUCCAUGGAAGCUUUGUCAUGAGCUGGACCUGGUCAAGGGUUGGGUGGUCUAGUUCCCCCACCAUCAAUACCACUACAUUAGCAUAAUGCCAUGACAUAUGGCCCAGUACUUGCCUAGUCAGCAGUAUUUGUACACAACCAUCUAGGGGAGUAGGAUAUGAUACUAUUUACCAGGUACAUGAAGUGUGAUAUAUUAUCAACUAGUAUAUGAAGUAUGGUAUGACAUUACCCAGUACAAGAAGUGUGAUAUGAGGCUUCCUGAAUGGACACUAAUGACUAUCAUUACCUGAUAUGGUUGACGUCAUAGUAUAGCUUGUAAACAAUUAAACUUAACCUCUGCAUCAAGAGUAUUGUCUCAGUUGACUAAGCAACAAUAAAGUCAUGAAAAUGUCCAUCACAUGUUGCCCGGUGACCUUCAGGUACUGGCUGAUCAUAGUGAACCCUCCGAGAUGAGGGUUACACAGGUCACAUGUGAGACUACCACUGAAGGCUAACUACACUGCAUCUGUUGACAUCUUGCGUCAGGACAAUUACGGGGUUCUGUGCUUUUUGGUUUAUUUUGACUUACCCUUUUAUUGUAUCACAAAUAUUGAAUCAUUAUGAAAUAAAUCAUUGUUUCUUG